AUGGUAGAAUUAUUGAAUUCAUGUCUACCGGUAGUCAAUACUGCCACUACUACUACUACUAUUCAUGAUGAAAAGGAGAAAUGGAAUAAUUCACGUUGUGGUAAUCACUACAAGACUGAUGAACAUUUUAAGGCUUUAGCUAAUGAAUAUAUUAGUAUGGAUGAUUUUCUGACAAAUUCUGAAUCCUCUUCAUUGAUAAACAACACUGAUGAUGUUGACGACAAAAAUUCUUGUUAUAAUGCAGCUGCCAUUGAUGACGAUGAUAAUAAUCAUAAUAAUAAUAAUUCCAUGGUUCACAAACAUGUAAGACCAACAUUAACAGGUGAAUUAAAAAAAUCAAGGAAUAAUACCACUCCUGCUACUACUACUUCUACUACAAAACGACGCCAAUUUUCAUCAACAGCAAAUUCGUUAACCCUUUCAAUAAUCGAUACUGAUGCUUUUUCUGCUGCUGCUGCUGCUAAUAAUGAUAGUGAUAAUGAAGAGAUUAACAAUAAGUCGAAUGCAUUUCUCCUUGCUACUAAUCAAAAACAUCGACGAGAAUUUUGGAAUUUAUUUAAAGAGUUGAAAAGUCUUAAUCAAAGUUGUGGAUUAAAUCCAGAUCUCUUUCGUAAUGAUAAAGAAAGUCGUCUCAUGGAUUCCACUGCUGCUUCUUAUUCUUCUGUUGUCAAUAAUAUUAAUAAUAAUAAUAACAAUAGUGGUAUUAGUAAUAUAACAGCGACAACUCCUAGACAACCAGGAGUUACACUGAAUGAAUCUCGUUUAAAGUUUAGUAGAAAACGUGAAUUCCCCUGUAAAGAGGAUGAUAUUAGUAAGCAAUUGUUAAAGUGUAUUUACACACCACCAUCUUGUGGACAUAAACAACUUCAUGUGAACCCUGCUAGUAGUAGUAAUAGUAGUCGUAUUAUAUCUUCGGAGUCAUUAUUUGGCGAUUUAAAAUCGACUCCAGUCAAUCAAAAGCCGAUUUCUAUACUCAAGACAAGACCAUCUGUCCUUGACAAAGGAAGGACAAUAAGUACAACAACAGUAGCAUUCACAACAAUUACAUCGAGCAUAUCGUCUCAACCGAUGACUGUGUAUUCUACUCCUUCGUCUUCUUCUGCUUCUUCUUCUUCUUCACUGUCAUCAUUAUUUUCACAAGGCUAUAAUAUCUCAUCGUCCACAACUUGUACAGUUACAUCGUCAACAUCAUCUACAAUAACGACAACUAGUGGUACUGUUGACAAACCAAUUUCAUUGACAAAAGAAAAUUAUUUACCCAAAGAUAAUAUUGUAUCAAGUCAUAAUUAUAAAGUUGUCAGUAGUGAAGAUGACGACUGUGACAUCACUUUGAAUUUAUCUACUGUUUGUCCAAGCAGUAUGAAUUUUGAUUCUCUGGAGAGUAAAUCAAGCCUCAGUGUAAAUAAUGACAAUAAGCCUACAGACUUCACUUUUUCUGCUCCUCGACGAAUUUCGUUAAAGUCUAGUACAAUUGUUUCAGAUAAUAAGAAUGACAGCAACAGCAAUAGUACAACACUUAAAGAUAAGAAAGAAUUCAUCUUUUCUUCUCCAAUAAUAAGGCGAACAGUUACAUAUGUUCAACAAGUUGAUAUUAUCUCUCCAGGUGUAACAACUUCAACGGAUGAAUGUGUUGAUAUGUCGAUUGAAGGGAAUCUAUUCUCUUCUGAUCAUAUUACACCUUCUAAAAAGUGUUUUAUUGAAACUCCGGAUACACUUCUUACCCGACCUCCAAUUAUCACUUCAUCGAAGAAACAUCGAAGUACAAGUAUAAAUCCAAUUAACGAAAAACAGCCUGAUAAAGAAGGAGGCACUCAUUCAAAAGAUGAAGAUAUCACUAGGAAAGUUACACGAUCCUAUCGAACACGGGAUAUUAAAACACCAAAACUGUCUUCUGAUGAUGAAUUAUUAACAACAGAAGCUAUAUUUGAUCAGCUGGAUCGUUUAAAUGAAGAACGAUUUCGUCGUCGUCAUACAACUGAUGUAGAUGACUUUGAUGAUACCUCAUCUAUAGCAAGUUCUGUUACAGAUUCAUCAGAAACUCCAAGACGUUCUACUAGACGCGUUAAACGUCCACAAAGAUAUAAUCCUUCAGCAGUUUAGUGUGUAUAUAUAUGUCAGUGUGAAUAAUAACUACGCGAGAAAUAAAGAGAACAUCUUAAUCUAUAUAUAUAUAUUGUUAAUUAUUGUAAUAAAAGAAAAGCAGCGUUGUCUCCUUAUUUCACUUGUAAUGUGAGGUACACCUUGCAUCUUAAAAGUUUAAUCCAU